AUUGAUGGUCAGCCUGGGGCCUUCACUUGCUAUUUGGAUGCUGGUCUUGCUCGAACUACAACUGGCAAUAAAGUUUUCGGGGCCCUGAAGGGAGCUGUGGAUGGAGGCUUGUCUAUUCCUCAUAGUACCAAAUGAUUCCCUGGUUGCGAUUCUGAAAGCAAGGAGUUCAACGCAGAGGUACAUCGUAAGCACAUCAUGGGUCAGAAUGUUGCAGACUACAUGCACUAUCUAAUGGAGGAAGAUGAAGAUGCUUACAAGAAACUGUUCUCUCAGUACAUAAAGAACAACAUCACUCCAGACAUGAUGGAGGAGAUGUAUAAGAAAGCCAAUUCUGCUAUACGAGAGAAUCCAGUCUAUGAAAAGAAGCCCAAGAGAGAAGUGAAGAAGAAGAGGUGGAACCGUCCCAAAAUGUCUCUUGCCCAGAAGAAAGAUCGGGUUGCUCAAAAGAAGGCAAGCUUCCUCAGAGCUCAGGAGUGGGCUGCUGACAGCUAAAGCAAUUUUCUAUGAAGAGAUUUUCAUAAAGAUAA